AUGUCCAAAGAAACAAGUCGAAAAUUGUUCGUCACGAUUGUCGACGAAAUACAUCAGGCUUAUAAGAGAAUGAGAGAUUUAUACGAAUUCGCAAAGUACAAUCGACGAGUAUGUGAUUCUCUGAUACGUAGGGUUGAAUCUGUUGAGUUGGAAUUGCGAGAUAUGUUGAAAACUCGAAUAAAUGAAGAUAAUGAAUAUUAUGAAAAUAUGAAAUUUCAUAAAAAAAAGGAAAAGGAAUUUUAUAUUCAAGAGAACCAUUUCACGACGCGGGAAUUUUAUAGUAAUGAUAAUGCUUACACAAUGCAGCAACUUUUGAAUAAUAUUCAUGAUAUGGAAAAGUUCAUUGAUGAGCUGUCACAUUUAAGAACUUAUUUUACAGGAAAAUCAAUUGAGACCACUUUUUAUGAGUUAACAAAAAAGUUUGAUAUGUAUGUAAAAGCCUUGAAUGUUAAGAUGGAUGUGGACGUUUAUUCUGAAACUGUAUCAUUAAAGAUGGAUAUUAGUAAUUUUGAAACG